CCGCUCUGAUACUCAGUCAGCUGUGAGAUUAGUCCCUCCACUCACUGUACUGCCUGCUGACCGGAGCGCACCUCUGAGGCUCUGCAGGGAGGGAACAUGAGCGAUACCAUGCAGCAAGAAGAGGUGCUGAGGCAGAUUGAGAGGGAGGUGCGAAUGCGGGAGGGAGCCAGUAAGCUGCUGGCAGCUUGUUCCAGGAGAGAGCAGGCCCUGGAGGCCUCCAAAAGCCUGCUGACCUGCAAUGCCCGCAUCCUGGCCCUACUCAGCCAACUACAGAAGAUGAGGAAAGCUCAAAUCCUGCAGAGAGCGGGACGCAGGCCCUCUGAAGAUGCUGUGCCGUGUUUUGGAAAAGUAUCUCUCUCAGACCUGCGUAUCCCGCUGAUGUGGAAAGACUCAGAGUACUUCAAAAACAAAGGAGAGCUCCAGCGCUGUGCUGUCUUCUGUCUGCUGCAGUGUGGUACAGAGAUCCAUGACACGGAUGUGGUGAUGGUUGACAGGACUUUGACUGAUAUCUGUUUUGAAGACACUAUCAUAUUCAACGAAGCAGGUCCCGGGUUCCAGCUCCGCGUUGAGCUGUACAGCAGUUGUGCUGUCGAGGAUUUCUCCCCCGGGGCUCUAGGACCCAGGAGAUCGAGCCGCCUGGGGGGAUCCGUGGGACGCUCCUCCGGGAAAAAGAUCCGUGCUGUGUUUGAGUCUGCCGCUGUUUGUGGAGGAAAUGUAGGAGUUGGAAGUGUGUCACCGCCUCUAUCCCCUGACCAUUCUACACUGGGGCCUAAGUUUAACCUGCUGGCUCACGCAACACUGACACUUGAUCAUGUCCAGGAAGGUUUCAAGACCCAUGAUUUGUCCCUGGCAGCAACAGAGGAUAAUCCAUUCUGGUUGCCUCUGUAUGGCAAUAUGUGCUGCCGCCUGGUUGCUCAGCCUCUGUGCAUGAUUCAGCCCGUCAUAAGUGGCCAACUCAAGGUUAAGGUUGGAGAAGACCUUAAUUGCUGGCAAAAUGGCUUUAGCGUUCUCAGGGGGAAAAUUCUCCUCUGCUAUCAGAGUCAAGAAGACAUGGAGUCUGAGGACAAGCCAUUCCUGAAAAUCCCCAUCACACAGGAUACCAUUGUCUGUGUCUCAGAGAGAGAUCCUGACUGUUGCCAGACUGUAAACAUCAUCACAUGGCAUCAAGGAGAAGAAGUCACCCUCACGCUUAUCCCUCACACUCCUGAAGACACCCAGCGCUGGACCAAGGCCAUCUGGCAGCACAUCUACAACAUGAGCCAAUGGAAACAGUGUUGUCAUCACUUGAUGAAGAUUGAAAUGCAGAGCUCCAGGAAAGCCGUUCCAGUGAGGCAGGGAUCGCUAUACCAUGAAAUAGUGACGCCCUCGGCUCCUGGAGAGGGUCAUGUGAUCCCGGAUUUAUCUGUUGAGAUCCGCACUUUGCUCUCUUCCUACUACAAGGAGAGUUAUUGAUGACCCUGCCACAGUCAUCAUGGAGGAGUGAGAAACCUUCGGACUUUAUUAAUUUGCUGUUUCCACACCUGGUCAAGAACAUUUUAAAAUAUACAGGAUUUAAAAGGACAAUCUUACUAAUAAUUCAUCUUUUUUCAAAUUUCAUAUCAACUCUGAACUGUUAACCCAACCAGAAAUGUAAAAAACAGACAUAAAUCCUCAAGGUUCAUCAUUGCUAAACAUUGAAACUCUUUAAUAUAACUGUUGAUAUUGUUUUCCCACAUGCACGCUCCAUAUUGUAAAAAGGCUGACGGCUUCAUAUUUCUAAAUAAAGGUCUGAUGCUUGUUA